CCAAUAUAUUUGAUUUGAUACGAAACUAUAACCUUCCUUCAUUAACCUUUCUCUCUCUACGACGAACCAUCAUCUUCCUUUUCUCUCUCUCUCUCUCUGUCGGCGAUGCAGAGGCUAUCGCUAGAGUCAUCAGCUUCGAAGCUCCAUCAUCAUAGCUAUGGAGGAAGAAAAGACGACGCCUACGACAUCGAUGAUUUGAAACCAGUCUCUUCAUCCACUCCUUCUUCGUCGUCAUCAGCCGCCGCGGAUUACGACGAUCACGAGCUCAAAAAGGAGUUAAAGCCGCGACGGUUAUCGUCGCUGCAAUCACCUUUCGCGGUGACGACGAAUCAGAAACGAGAGAAGCUCGUUCACUUCAUUCCGAUUCUCACUCUCCUCUGCUUUAUCAUCCUCUACCUCACUUCUCACCCUCCGUCCCAAUCAGAUUUGGCUCAGUUUAAUGGAUUCAUGCGUACUUCGAAACAUCUAGAAGAAUCAGGCGACGAUGAAAUCUCAGGAUAUGUAAGAGGAGAUACACUAGCUAUCCGUACGAGUGUAAGGAAUCUUCAAGAGACGGAAAGCUUCCCGACGAAAUCACUUCCCCGUCGCCGGACUUCUCACCGGAAAACCGCAGACUUCUAGCUAAUUUAUCUCAAUUUUUUAAAUUUUAUUUUAUUUUUAAUCCGUCGCAUUUGCAUGUGGAUUUCGUAAUUCCGAUUUUAAAAAAUAUUUUUCUGUUAUAACUGAAUGGAUAGAAGAAAACAUCAAAUCGAAUAAAAAAAGCCUCGCGUCGCCGACGAUGAGAGAAUAAGUA